GCGGACUCCAGCUCCCGUCAUGCCCCGCGCGGCAGCGUUCUCGGAGAUUCGCCCCGGGUUCGUGCGGCAGGUUCGGCUGUGCUGAGCGGCGGCACUGCGGACCGGAUCAAAGGAUCAGACGUAAAUAAACGGCAGGUGCCGGUGAUGCGCUGAAGCCCCGCCCCUCCUCCGCUGGCACCGUAGCUGUUAUUUAUGAAUGCCCGCCGCUCACGGGCGUGUGCGCGCGCAGUCCUCGUUAUUAUUAUUAUGUUUUAAUAACGGAGACCGGACACCGAUCCAGGCAGAUGUGCGGCUCAGUGCCGGAGCCUGCGAUGCCCGCUCCGCGCGGUUAGAUUCCCGCUUCGGUCCGCUGUGUUCGACGAUAAUACUGGGUCGAUACACCGAACACAGAGCCGUUCGCCGGCCCGCUGCAGCCACAGGAGCCGCCUCACCCCGUCAACCGACAAGUCCCUGCUGGACCCGAAAACCCUCGCAGAGUGCUGGCCCCCAGAUGGCUUGAUGCCUGAGAGCAGCUACUGGCAGCUCUGCCCUCCCUCCAAGUCCGGCCUGCAGGGGGGGUUGUUGAGCUCUAGUUUCCCGCCCGGCCCCUCGGCGCUGGUGCCGCCUGAUGCUCACCUGCAGGAGGGUGGCGACCCCCUGGACGGGGCCCCUUCUCAGCCGCUGCCGCAGCACCGCCCCCUGGCACCCAGCACCUCAGCGUCCGAGCUGUCCCUCCCCGGAGCGCCGGUGCCCCCUCCAGGCCCUGGACCCCCACCCCCCCCUCCUCCACCACCCAAACGACACUGCCGCUCGCUGUCGGUGCCCGAGGACCUGUCGCGCUGCCGCUACACGUGGCGGCCCAGUGCCUCGCGAGUCUGGACGCCCGUCAGCCGCCAGCAGUGCCACGGUGGAGCAGGGGGAGGGGUCACAGGGGGAGGGGUCGCCGGAGGGGGUGUAGGGGUGGGAGUGACAGGGGGCGGAGCCUGUCCUCUCCGCGCCCCCAGCUCCUCCCUGAACUCGUCGCUGCACUCCUCGUCCAGCCCCACCUUUUUUAGCCUCGCUCUGUCGCCGGACUCGCCACUACCGUGGAGCUUCCCCUGGGACCCCAGUGAGGCAGCGGCGGGGGGAGGAGCCUGCUGCUGCUUCUUCCCCUCCCCCUCCUCUUGCUCCUCCUCUCCCUCCCCACUUCACCCGCCCCCGCCUCCUCAGCGGCGUUUCUCCCUCUCCCCGGUGCUCAUCAGAGACUCUGCUGCCUCCACCUUCCUGCCCCCGCCUCCAGCGCCCAGCCAAGCGGCAGCGGCGCCUCCACCUGGCUGCGUCACGACGGCGGGCGGCGUGACCGCGGGCGGCCCUGUUCCCGCCUCGCCCUCAUCGGCCUGCAGCACGCCAUCGUCUCUGCGCCGCAGCCUCCCGCCGCAGCUACCGCGCUGCCACUCGCAGCCAUGUGACCUGCUGCUCCUCAAACCGGGUCUGAAGAGACGCCGCGACCCCGACAGACCCUGCGCCCGGCCCGUCCUCGACUUCACCAAGAUGACACAGACGCGCAGCAUCGACCCGCAGUGUCUGGAGCGUGGCGGCGGCAGGCUGGCCUGCGGCGGCGACCUCUGCAUGGGCAUGGAGCCCUUCAUGGGUGACUUCCGGGGCUCCUGCUCGCCGGCCGAGUGCCUGGGCAGGACCAGCAUCGGGCCGCUGAGCGAGAGCGACGAGGAGUGCCGCGAGGACGACGAAGGAGAGGAGGAAGCAGACGAGCGUGAGGCGGCGCAGCAGGCGGUGUUCGAGCGGGACUGUACAGAGCUGGACUUGAACUUAAUAGAAGAAAACUGACGUAUUUGUAAA